AUGGCGGUGGCGACAGCGAUGGAACAAUGUGGGAGGAAGGUGAUGAUGAACGCCACAGCUGCUGCUAAAGCUCCUGCAGCCAAUGGAACCACAGCGAGUCAGUGGGAGCAGUUUCAGAAGGUCUCCUGCGUCAACGAAUGUAGUCACAGAGGAACAUGUGUAGAAGGUGAAUGUCAGUGUGAGGCUGGAUAUGGAGCGUCGGAUUGCUCUGUAGAUAUCACCGAACCACCGAGAACAUUUGGGCUGAAAGAGGACGGCGUCUGUGAUGUCACCUCCCGCACCUGCAACGUCAGCCACAUGCUAACAGAGCAUAUCGUGCAGAACGGUUUCAGCAAUUGUCGCACUAGAUCCUUUGAG